UUCCGGCCGCGGCUCAAUUCUCCCGCCUCCGCCUGAGUCGCCGCUCGUGGUUGUCCCGCCAUGGCUCUGUCGCGGGGGCUUCCCCGGGAGCUGGCCGAGGCCGUGGCCGGGGGCCGGGUGCUCGUGGUGGGCGCGGGCGGCAUUGGCUGUGAGCUCCUCAAGAACCUCGUGCUCACUGGGUUCACCCACAUCGACCUGAUUGAUCUGGAUACUAUUGAUGUCAGCAACCUCAACAGGCAGUUUUUAUUUCAAAAGAAACAUGUUGGAAGAUCAAAGGCCCAGGUUGCCAAAGAAAGUGUACUGCAGUUUUACCCGAAAGCUAAUAUCAUAGCCUACCAUGACAGCAUCAUGAACCCUGACUAUAAUGUGGAAUUUUUCCGACAAUUUAUAUUGGUUAUGAAUGCUUUAGAUAACAGAGCUGCCCGCAACCAUGUUAACAGAAUGUGUCUGGCAGCUGACGUCCCUCUUAUUGAGAGUGGAACUGCUGGUUAUCUUGGUCAAGUAACUACUAUCAAAAAGGGUGUGACUGAGUGUUAUGAAUGUCAUCCCAAACCAACUCAGAGAACUUUUCCUGGCUGUACAAUUCGUAACACGCCUUCAGAACCUAUUCAUUGCAUCGUUUGGGCAAAGUAUUUGUUCAACCAGUUAUUUGGGGAAGAAGAUGCUGAUCAAGAAGUAUCUCCUGACAGAGCUGACCCUGAAGCUUCCUGGGAGCCAAUGGAAGCUGAAGCCAGAGCCAGAGCAUCAAAUGAAGAUGGUGACAUUAAACGUAUUUCCACAAAGGAAUGGGCAAAAUCAACAGGAUAUGACCCAGUUAAACUUUUUACCAAGCUUUUUAAAGAUGAUAUCAGGUAUUUGUUGACAAUGGACAAAUUAUGGCGAAAAAGGAAACCUCCGGUUCCAUUGGACUGGGCUGAAGUACAGAGUCAAGGAGAAGAAAUCAAUGCAGCAGAUCAACAAAAUGAACCCCAGUUAGGCCUGAAAGACCAGCAAGUUCUAGAUGUAAAGAGCUAUGCACGUCUUUUUUCAAAGAGCAUUGAGACUUUGAGAGUUCAUUUAGCAGAAAAAGGGGACGGAGCUGAGCUCAUAUGGGACAAGGAUGACCCGUCUGCAAUGGAUUUUGUUACCUCUGCUGCAAACCUCAGGAUGCAUAUUUUCAGUAUGAAUAUGAAGAGCAGAUUUGAUAUAAAAUCAAUGGCAGGGAACAUUAUUCCUGCUAUUGCUACUACUAAUGCAGUGAUUGCUGGAUUAAUAGUAUUGGAAGGAUUGAAGAUUUUAUCAGGAAAAAUAGACCAAUGUAAAACAAUUUUUUUGAAUAAACAACCAAACCCAAGAAAGAAGCUCCUUGUGCCUUGUGCACUGGAUCCUCCCAACCCUAAUUGUUAUGUGUGUGCCAGCAAGCCAGAGGUGACUGUGCGACUGAAUGUCCAUAAAGUGACUGUUCUCACAUUACAAGAUAAGAUUGUGAAAGAAAAAUUUGCUAUGGUAGCACCAGAUGUCCAAAUUGAAGAUGGGAAAGGAACAAUCCUAAUAUCUUCAGAAGAGGGAGAGACAGAAGCUAAUAAUCACAAGAAGUUGUCAGAAUUUGGAAUUAGAAAUGGGAGCCGGCUUCAAGCAGACGACUUCCUUCAGGACUACACUUUAUUGAUUAACAUCCUUCAUAGUGAAGACCUAGGAAAGGAUGUUGAAUUUGAAGUUGUUGGUGAUGCCCCAGAAAAAGUGGGGCCCAAACAAGCUGAAGAUGCUGCGAAAAGCAUAACCAAUGGCAGUGACGACGGAGCUCAGCCUUCCACGUCCACAGCACAAGAGCAAGAUGAUGUGCUCAUAGUUGAUUCAGAUGAAGAAGGCCCUUCAAAUAAUGCUGACGACAUAAGUGAAGAAGAGAGAAGUCGCAAGAGGAAAUUAGAUGAGAAAGAGAAUAUCAGUACAAAGAGGUCACGCACAGAGCAAACGAAAGAGCUUGAUGAUGUUAUAGCAUUAGAUUGAACAGCAACGCCUCUUAACGAAAUCCCCUUACUGCAUUAGGUCACCUGGGCAGAACCAGGUUGUUAUGUCCUUUGUUCCAAAGGUAAAAAGUUGACACCAAUGACUUGAAGAUGAUUCUGCUCCCUUUGAAAGCACUCAUUUUGCUAGAACUGUUAGACACUUUGCGGUAUGCUGUAUGGAAAGUAGGAAUAUAGUGUUAAAACCCUUUGAACAAAGCGUUUGCGUAACCAGUCAUGAGAUAAAACAACAGAAUGCAUGUUGCCUUUUUAAUGUAAAUACCCUUAGGUAUCAUUUAAUAGUUUAAAAUAUUGUGGUUUAGUAAAGUUGAUACCUGGUUAUAAAUAUUAUGCCUUUAUUUUUGGUUAGAAAAAGAAUUAUUUUUAGCCUAGAUCUAACCAUUUUCAUACUCUUAACUGAAACAGAUUGAAAAAGUAUCAAGUGCUAUGCAUUGAAACUUGUUUUUAAAUAUUAACUGGCACUAUGUAUAUUGAUGUAAAACGAUGUUACUUUACUCAAGUUUUCAGCUUGUACUGCCUGGUAUGUCUGUGUAAGAACCCAAUUUUUGUGUAUUGUUACAGUUUCAGGUUAUUUAUAUUUGAUGUUUUGUAAAACUCAAAUACUACUAUGCUGUACUAUGGACCAAAUAAACGGCCUCUGCAUACUUGUUACACAUGCCUGCACAGUUAACGUGUCUGCUGCCUUGUUGGGUUUAUCCAUCGUGUUUACUGCAGGCAUGCUAAAUUUUUUCCUUUAAAAAAUUAACUUGUAAUGGAUGUGAAAGUUAAAAGAUCUCCACUGUUUUUGCCAUAGAUGCAUACUUUCUAAAAUAAAGCUUUUAAUGGCGAUGCUGCUUUCUAAAUUUGAAUUGUAAACAGUUGGCCUUUUGUUGAGAGCAUUUCAGUGAUCUUUGGCCAGCCCCACUAACUUUGAGGCUUGGAUUUGAGAUUGCAGAGGGUGAGCGUCUUCCCAUGAUUCUGCAGUCUUCUCUGAGUUGUUUCCCACUUCAUCAGACUUCUUCUUGAGGGUACCAGUCAUUUUGGGCCCAACCCCAGCCUACAGAUGUGGCCAGACCAGCUCUGGAUGGAUCAGCACUUGCAUCUCUGCUUGGACCCCAGAGGCCCGCUAGAGUGUCUCCUCACACAGAUGUGCCUUGAGAUUUCAGAGAACAGAAAACCAUGAAGCUGUUUCCCCAUUCUCUAUCUUUGCCUUUGGAUUUUUGGCCACAGUCAACCUAAUUUCAAAUUGAUAAUUUAUUGUGUACUGUAUCACUUUGUGUAAUUUCUAAUUGCCACCCAGCUUAUUAACUCCUACUCCUUGUUUUGUAUCAUUUUAAAUUCAGCAUAUAAUGAAAACCCUCAGAAAAUUAUAUUGAACAAGACAGCCCUCAGGAGCAUCCUGCUUAAAGCCUCCAAGAUGGACUGACUGCAGCUUUCUGACAGCAACUGCAAGCAGGCUGGAUCCCCACCCACAACUCAGCCUGUGCGGUUCACUUUGCUUUCACAUUUUUUAGGAACUUCAUUUUCCUCCAGAAAAAAACUUCAAAGUCACAGAAUUAAGUGACAGAUAAAAGAAAUAUCCUGAAAUAACACCUCUCAGAAUAAUUUUUAGUUAACUGGUUGGUCACUGAGAAUCAUUUUCUAUUUUGAAAUUUGAAUUCUGAAAAACUCAGAAAUUUGCAUUUUGAAAUCCUUAAUUCCUUAAAACCUUGACCUGCCUUUUUAAACAUAAUUAACAACCAUUUCUGGCAUUCUGUAUAUGUCCUUCGUUAUUUUCUUUUCCCAUUUGAAAGUAUAUGGAAAUAGGUGCCAGUUUGAUCUAUAGAGAUAUGUUUCUGUUUUGGCAGAGCAAUGGUUUUCAUUUUUUCAACAACUUUGUUACUAUUUUUUUUUUCAGCAGUUUCUGUUCAUUUUCUACCUGUUUUUAAAUGAACUCAGUGUUUAUCAGCAAGGCCGGUCUGACUCCAGGGAUCUUAACAAGAUUUACCACAUCCAAGCUGUAUCCACUCCCUUGGAGUGUGGAGACACUUUAGAUCUGGCCAUGCGUUUAUGGUUUUCCUGUGUAAGUUGUCUUCUCAGUGGGAGAGCCGGGAGCAGGACUCAUCAACAGUGUUUCCCUAGCAGCUCCAGCCUGAAAUACAGCCUGAAAAACCAUCUUCCAGUUUCAUUGGAUACAGUCUGAGGACUGAAGUUGACCCAAGAGAGUCAGUCCAUGGUCUCAAAGAUCAGUCUGCAUUACUGAAGGCUCAAAUGAAAGAAUUCAUGGUACCACAAGGCUAGAGCCUGAAUCCUUAAUGAAAUAACUGAUUAGGCAAAGGUCAUCGAUGGAUGCCAAAAUCUUGUAAAAGAAUCUUCGCUCAGUGUUUCUAAGUGCUAUACAGGUAAUGUGAAAGGAAACAGUCUUGACAAUGGACUGAUGUCUAGCACAAGUAGUCAAGUGAUCAAACUCAGCAUCACUAAUCGGACAACCUGAUACAUGCUUCCUGAUGAAAUAACAACAGCACCUAGGCAAAAGAAAAGUUAAUCUGAGUCCAAUCCAGUAUCUAGACUUAAGUUCCAGCUGACAGAAAAUAAAGGGAUAAUAAAGAGGAACAAGUAAAAAUUAAGAGCAAAUAAUCAGACAAGUACAGGAUGUGGGUCAUUCUGGAACUGAAGUGCAGAAUAAAUGACUUAACAAUUCUUGUGACAUUUGGAAAUUUGAAAAUGGGAUAAAUUAGGUGAUAAUGGAAUUAUUUUCUUAGGUAUGAUAAUCUUGUAGUUAUGUAGGACAGUGUCCUGAAUUUUGAAUAUUAGGGAUGAAGCUUUGUAAUACAACUUAAAUGGCUUGGCAAAAAAUGAAGGUAAAAGCGAAUUAACGUUGACUAUAGGUGGAGCCUAUAUUCAUUGUUCAUUGUACUAUCGAACUUUGACAACUAAAAAGUGGAGAUUAUAUCUAUGGUCUGUAUUUUUCUUUUGUGCCUAUGUGACUUCAAAGUUUUGUACUGAGUAUAUUCUAUGAUUGAAAU